CUUUUCUUUUGCCGGUUGGUGUGCUUUGUGGUUUGUUGUGAACAGUGCUAAAAUGAAUUAGAAAACAGCUGAUUUCAUUAAUUUUGGGGUUGCCCGGAAAAUUUGUAAUUUCAACUCUCAGCUUAACGUUAUUGUGUACAUAACCUAUUUUUUCUCUUCCUUGUGCUAUACAUUUAAAUACUUUGGCCUACACCAUAUAAAUACUUAAUAUAGAAGGGUAAUGAUAAAAGAUGGAUUUGGGAAAUGCGCAGGCCAUGGUUGUAGAAGUUUUGCAAAGAGCUUCUAGUCAAAAUCCGGAACUUCUAAAACCGGCCGAAGCAAAAUUACGCGAAUGGGAAACUCAACCCGGAUUUUAUACAGUUUUAUUAAACAUUAUAUCUAGUCAUUCAACUGAUUUAAAUGUACGUUGGAUAGCAGUUUUAUAUUUUAAAAACGGUGUCGACAAGUAUUGGCGAAAAAACGCGCCCAAUGGAAUAUCCGAAUUAGAAAAAGCAACAUUGCGACAAAAUCUCAUCAGCAAUUUUAGUGAACCAGUAAAUCAAAUCGCGUUACAAUUAGCCGUGCUUGUAUCCAAAGUCGCUCGCAUAGACUGCCCUAGAGAAUGGCCCGAGUUAUUCCCAACAUUGCUACGAGGAAUAGAAGGCUCUGAUUCUUUAAUUCAACAUCGUUCAUUACUUACUUUUCAUCAUGUUGUUAAGACUAUUUCAUCCAAAAGACUUCCAGGAGACCGAAGGCUAUUCCAAGAAUUUACAAACAGUGUAUACAACUUUAUUUUAUAUCUCUGGAUGAAUUUCACCGAAGCAUUUUUGAGGGACACGUCACAAAAUGCUUCCGCAGAAGUCAUUACCAUCAAUUUAGAAAAGGCACUACUUACUUUACGAAUAUUGAGGAAGUUGACCGUGUUCGGCUUCUACAAACCCCACCAAAAUCCCGAUUGUGUCACAUUUUUGAAACUUAUCUUCGAGAGAGCACGUACUGCACUAGAAUAUCGUAAACAACUACGCGGCAAAGGCAUAUACGUAUUAGAAUUAUGUGAAAAGUUUAUUAUUCAUCUAACGAAAAUUUUACUCAACGUACUGGAUACUCACCCGUUUUCUUUCGUCGAAUUUAUACAACCCACUUUAGAGUUUGCCAUAUAUUAUAUCUUCACACCUGCGGGCGCACAGUAUAUUUACGAGAGGUUUACAAUACAAUGUUUCAAUCUUAUCAAAGGAAUUCUACUGUGUGUCGAAUACAAGCCGGCCAAAGUUCCCGAACUGACUAGAGAGCCUGAAACUCUACGCGCGCAUCAAAUUAAAGUUGAAUUCUUCGUUACCAACACCCUUACGGAAAUGUGCAGGAAACUAGUGUCUCAUUAUUUUUUACUGAAACAGGACGACUUAGAGCUGUGGAAUUCCGAUCCAGAAACAUUUGUAAAUGAUGAAGUUGGAGAGAGUUGGAAAUAUAGUCUUAGGCCGUGCAUGGAAACUGUGUUUGUCACAAUUUUUCACGAGUUUCGUGAGGUAUUAGGUCCUGUGUUGUUAGAAAUGCUUCAAGAAACUAAUAGUAUUGUUCUGGUUGACGACUUACAAGGUAUUCUUAAAAAGGAUGCUGUUUAUAAUGCAUUUGGUUUGGCUGCUUUUGAUUUAUAUGAUCAUGUAAAUUUUGAUCAGUGGUUAACAAACACGUUGGUCCAGGAAUUGAAAGUGAGACAUAACAAUUAUCGAAUUAUAAGAAGACGUAUUGCCUGGUUACUCGGUAAUUGGGCCGGAAUUAAACUAUCUUUAGAGUUAAGGCCGAUUUUGUAUGAUUGUAUUAUAAGUUUGUUAAGCGCCGAAGAAGACAUGGCUGUGAGACUAACCGCUUCUACAACACUUAGAUUAGCUAUAGAUGACUUUGAAUUUAAUUCUGAACAGUUUAAGCCAUAUUUAGAUCCAGCCUUUAAUUUGUUAUUUAGUUUACUGAAGGAGGUGGUAGAAUGUGAAACGAAGAUGCACGUUUUGAAUGUUAUGACGUUAAUUUUGGAAAGGGUUGGGCAAACCGUGCGACCUCACACGGACGCUCUCAUUUUUUAUCUGCCGCGUUUAUGGCAAGAAUCCGAAGAACAUAAUAUGCUGAGGUGUGCCAUUGUUUCUACUUUAGUUCAGUUGGUGAAGGCACUUGGAUCAAGUAGUGCGGAAUUAAACCCGUUUCUUUUGCCCAUCAUUCAACUUGGUACAGAUGUCAAUCAGAGCGCAAUAGUUUAUCUACUGGAAGACAGUUUAGAACUCUGGCUGACGGUUUUAGAAAAUUCAGCUAGUAUGACCAACGAAUUAAUGCAACUAUUUAAUAACAUGCCACCUUUACUAGAGUACUCUACGGAAAAUUUGCGGUGUUGUCUUAUAGUAACUUUAGUGCAUCUGUUGUUAGCACCAGAACUUGUAAUGAAAACCUAUGGUUUACAAAUCGUAACUACUUGUGAUGGUCUAAUAUCUGAUUUAAAAUAUGAAGGAAUACUUAUGCUAACAAGACUGCUGGAAACUUUUGUUCGAGCUCUACCUCAACUUGGGUCUGAAACAAUUAAACCAAUUUUACCUCGCAUUUUUCAAUUAAUUUAUCGAGACACAGAUAUUACACCAACAAUUUUAUCCAUGUACUUGUCGAUAUUGGCUCGUGUCUUACUUUCAUCACAUACCAUCUUUGCCGAAACAAUCACUGCAAUAUCGCAGGUUCAUCACUGUACCGAAGAAAAUGUUUUGGAAUCCAUACUAGACGUUUGGUUAUCUAAAAUGUGUAACGUUUCUCAAACGGAACGACGAAAGCUCUUAGGUUUGGCUCUAGUUAACUUAUUAACGACUCAGAGUAGGGCAGUGAUGGCACGGUUUAAUGGUGUCAUGUUGAAUAUUCUAGAAGCUUUAAAUGACACUUGCAAAACUGACGAUAACGGCGUCUCUGUGGAUUCUUUAGUUAUUAUAGAUGGUCAAAAUCUUGGAGAUUUCCAGGAAGACACCGAUGGCUAUUAUGAAACUGACCACGAUCAACGCAAAAGGGAACUUCUUCUGUCAGAUCCUGUACAUUUAAUUGUUUUAAAGGACUACUUCCAAUCACAAUUACACCAAUUGAGAAAUCAAAUUGGACAGUCGCAGUACGAACAACUUCUGCAGAUGGUUGACACAGACACAUUGUCACAAAUAAAUGAGUACUACUUUCCAUUGUAAGAAAAACACAAAUGUCUGCAUAUUCUAAAUAGUAAAGUCAUCAGAUGUGAGCAAUAUCACGUUUGCUUUAAACAAAUAAGUAGUGCUAUAUUUUUCUUUUGAUAAGAUGGAUUUUUCAAAUCAUUUUAUAUCCAGGAUGGAAUUGUAAGACUGAAUUUAUACGUGCGAUUGGUAGCGUUGUAGAGAAUUUUAUUAUUGCAUUAAAAGGUCAAAGCAAUACAUAUAAUUUAUAUGUAUCUGUAAUAUGAUUAGAUAUUGCCAUACCAGUAACAACAGUUCUUCAUGUCAGAUAUUGUACAGUUAAUAAAUAAAAUAAUUAAA